AUGAGUCAGGCGAAAACUGAGUGAGUUUGAGGGGCCCCCUUAGGGGACGAGGGGGGGGGUAAAGGUUUGGAAAUUUUCAAGAAAAAAAAUUUUGACCAUUGGCUGCGUUUAAAAUUUGUGAGAAAAUGUUUGAAAAAUUGGUUUUCUAGUAGUUUUCGAGCCGAAAAUCGUGAUAAAAUUGCAGAACUCAACUUCUAAUAUGAGUUAUGACGUGGCGAAGUUCGGAAAAUUGAUAGCUGAAAACUAGCUUCAAAAAUGAUUUUUUCUAUCAAGUCUGAGAGCAUAGCGUUGUUCAGAAAUUAAUUUUGUUUAGUGAAACUUUUCUGGAAAAAUCUUCCGGAUUUUCAAAUUCUUCAAAUAUUUAAGUUAAGUUAUCCUAACAAGGAAAGUAUUUAAAAAGGGUUCUGAUAUUAACUUUUGAUGAAACAUAGUGAAAUAUAGUAAUUCGACUAUGCUGAAAACGAUCCCGACGUCAAAAAUUACUAUAACUCACUCUAAGCCAUUUUUUGGAGCUCCAAAUUUUCGGCUCGGAAUAGGUUAUAGCAAUUUUUGACUUCGGGAUCGUAUUCAGUAUGGUCGAAUUACUAUAUUUCACUAUGUUUCAUCGAAAGUUAAUUUCAGAACCCUGUUUGUAACUUCAAGUAUUUGAAGAACUUGAAAAUCCGGAAGAUUUUUCCAGAAAAGUUUCACUGAACAAAAUUAAUCGCUGAACAACGCUAUGCUAUCAGAUUUGCUUGGAAAAAUAUUUUUGAAGUUAGUUUUCAGCUUCUAAAAUCCCGCCACGUCAUAACUCAUGUUAGGAGUUGAAUUCUGCAUUUUUAUCGGGAUAAGCGGGUCGAAAACUACUAUUAAAAGUCUACGGUGAAACAGGUUAAACCUAAGGCUGAGCCUAAAAAGCCUAAGCCUAAGAAUAGCCUAAACAUUCUAAAGACAAUUAUAAUUUCAACUGAUCUCAUUCAAAAAUUUUCCCAAAGUUCUCCCUUAAUAAGAAAAUUGCAACAUUUUCUGACCAAUCCAAAUUUCCCAAUUAAUUUCCUUUUCGAUAAUUAUUUCCUGUCCGCAAAAACCUGUCCUUCUCCGGAUUUUCAGAGAUUUUAUCUUUUCUUUUUUUGUUUCAAAAAAAAAGGUGUCGAGUUGCAAAAACUCAUGUGUUCCAAAAGUCACGUCACACACAAAAUCGUUUUUUUUUUCUGAUUUUUUGUAAAAAGAUAGGUCAGAGAAUUUUUGAGAUGGUGCACUUGACAAAUGACCCAAUUUUUAUCGAGAAAAUUUUUUUUUGAUUUUCAAAAAAUUCCCUACAACAAUUUGUUUCGCGACUCGUAAAUAAACAAUAUUUUUUCUCAAAUUUUGUGCCAAGAAAGAUAAACAUUGCAAUACUAUGUGCCUCGAGAAGUGAGAGACGCAGACAUAUUCGCGUCUAGCCGUCUGCACUCUCCACUAUUUCGUACAGUCAUCGCGCACGCGCGAACAAAAACGCCCCUUAUUCAUUCGCUCUAAUAAAAUAUUUUUUCGUGACCAUUUUGGCUGAAAUUUUUUGAACCAAAAUGGAAGAAGCGCCAGCGCCAAUGUUUCCGAGAUCAAGGCUUUAUCAUAGGUAGUUAGGAUAAAUCUGGGGGGGGGGGGGCAAGUCCUAAUAUUUUGAAACUGAAAAAAUGGGCAUUUUUCAGCUAUUAUUCGGAGGAGAAGACAUUCUCAGCACCAUCUGCAAAUACACAAAAAGGAUCACUUCCAUCGAAAGUUUAUAAUAAAGGUCUUAAGGUUAGUGAUUCUGGGGAAUUGAUAAUUAAUAUUCGGGUGAAAACAGAAUUCUGGUCUUGAAAUUCGCAUAAAAUACCUUAAAAUUGCAAUCAAUAAAGCUCUCAAAGUAAAAAAUGAGCUAUUAGUCUGUCUAGGCUUCUCUACUUGACUUACAAACUCUCAAGGCUUCGGUCCUUGUCAGGGUGGUUAUCUAGACGUGAAUCCUUGAGAAUAAGAUUAUCUUUACUUGAAAAACAUGUUUUCUAGGCGCGGCUCCUUGUCAUAGAAGCUUUGAGGGUAAGGUGUGGUGCCUUGAAGUUUAAAAUUUAGCACUGGCCCUCUAGAAUUCAGAGAGAGAGAGAGAGAUCACAUGAAAUCUAGAGAGCGCAGAGAAUUUUUGUCUGCGCUCUCUCGUUUUUGUGUGAUCUUUCUCUGAAUUCUAGAGGGCCUAUGAUAAAUUAAGUGAUAAAUUUUUCAAUUUCAAGGUACUUAGCUUCUAUGACAAGUAGCCGCGCCUUGAGAACCCAUUUAUCAAGUUGCGGAGCCUAGAGAACCUUAUUGUCAAGGAUCCACGCCUUGAGAGUUUCUAAGUCAUUUUUUACUCUGAGAGCUUUAUUGAUUGCCAUUUUAAGGUAUUUUAUGCGAAUUUCGAAGCUCCGUGGCUCAUUUUUGACCUUCCAGAAUUGAGCCCGAACUUUUAAUUUUUUCCAAAUCGUAAACACUUUUCCCCCACAGAUUUUCGUAUAUUUGUAAAGUUACUUAUCUUUUUGACAAAUAAUCACUAGAGGUAUACGGUCAGGGGUUUUUUAGGUGGCAAAAAACAAACAUUCCCCUCCCGAUGUUCGAACUUUUGUUCCAACAAAAAAAUGGUUGUUUUCAGGACUUGGAAGAUAAUGACAUCGAAGGACUCCUCUCACAAUUAUCGAUUGAUGAGCUCGAAAAUCUGAACAAUGAUUUUGAUCCGGAUGUAAGUUUGAUUCAAUCUUCGUUCAGAGGAUUUAUGUGACGUUUUGUUGCGCAUUCUUCCUGGUUAAAUAGCUUUCGAUUGGCUAACUAAAUAAAUAAAAAAAGAGAAAAUCUCAGCUGACGAUUUUUUGAGUGUUUAUUUUUUCUGAUUCAUCUGUAGAAUCUAUUUAUGGGAUUAUAGAUGUUUUUGAAGAGAACAUUUUUGUUUUUUGAAAAAUAUAUUUUCUAAUUUAUUAUUUGACAAAAAAAACCCCCAUAAAACCCUUGUUUUUUGUUAGUGACAAGGUGUUAAGUAUUUUCGACAAAAACAACCUUUCUUUCUUCAAAAUUUUUUUUCAUUUUAUCAAUUUCUCCUCAACUUGAACAUCAUCACAUGAGUAGUAAAAGUAUGUCUCUAUGUCCACACACAAAAAGCAGCACUCCACUCAAAAAAUCCUUUUUUCUCUUAUCCCUUUUCCUCUCCCAAUCAACCGCCCGGAGGAGCAGCAAAAAAUCGAUAAUAUUUGAAGGGGGGACAAAAAAAACGAUGUUUUUUGUUGUUGUUAAAUAUUAUUAUCGAAUCGAAUGUUUAUACAAUGGGAAAACAACAAAAAUUGGAAUUUUAGGAGGGGAAAAGUAAAUAUAAAUAUUUAUCAGAAUUACAUAGAAUUUGAACGGAAUUCUUGGGAAACUUUGGAGUUAGAGGAACUCAGAGAUCUUGUCAGGGGGAUUUUUAAAGAUAGUUCUAAAUUUUAGAAUAUUCUAACAAACUCAAAAUUAAAAUAAGGUCUUUAAAAAUUUAAACAUUUUUUAAAUACGGGUUUACUAACGAGGGAAGUGUGUUAUGAGUUCUCAGAAAUUUUCAAUAAUACCCAUAUGUUUCUGUACAGUUUUUCACGCUGAGCGACUUUCUGAAGAGCCCAAAAAUGAGCCAAAAGUUGAGAAUUUUCUAAAAAUCUCGUUUCUUGAGAGCCCGUAACUCAUGUUAGUGAAAAUUUUAUCGAAAACUAAAUGCAGGGCGAUGUCCAGGAGGGUCGAUUUACCAAAAUCACAAAUUUUUGGACCUAAAACCUCAUUAAGAUAUUUAGAAUUGUUGAAUCGCAUCUUAAUUCCCGAAUUUUGUGCUGAUUCGGUUCACAGAUUGAAAAGAGACCAUUUUUCUAUUUUUGUGAGCUCUAAAUAUGAAAAAAAUUCAAAAAAUUUCAUAGAAAAACGCACAUUUUUUUGUUCAAAAAUUAACAUAAGGGAAUUUCCAAGUUCACCUUAUCCCAUUCAUAUUUCUAUACCUCAACCAAAACCCAAUCUCAUUUUUACACUCUGACAAAUUGCCCUCUCCCCAAUAUCAUAAGACCGCCAUCGAUAUGAUUUAUUUUAUUUUUUAUUUUUGAGGCUGAAAAUCGACUGCUGAAAAGUGAAAAAGUUAUUAGUUUUCAUUCUUUCUUCUCAACUCAGCAGCUCUUUUAUUAUUUUAUUUUAUAUUUCGGUUUUAAAACAAGUAAGAAAAAUCGGAUUUUUCCUUGAUUUUUCAUUGAAAAUGAUGAAAAGAUGGCUUGAUGAAGAAGAGGAUGAAGAUGUAUGUUUGAGAUUUUAUUACUAAUUGAUUAAAAACACAUUUUUUUGGUUUUUGGGGAAUUUAUGGGAGAAUAAAAUGGGUAAAAGUUGACAGGGGACUCUAGAAAAACAAAAAAAAUAAAUUUUUGGAUCAGAAAAUUGGAGAACUCAAUUCCUAACAUGAGUUAUGACGUGGUAAGAUUUUUGGAGCUGAAAACUAACUUCAAAAAUGAUUUUUUAUGCAAACCUGAUAGAAUAACGUUGUUCAGGAGGCUUGAAAAAUUUGGAAUACCAAAAAUUGUGAAUUAGUUUUUUUUUAAAUUUUUGGUGUACCACUUAUAUGAAUUCUGCUCCAGGUUUCUGAUUUAGAUUCUGAUUUUUGAAUAAACCUUCUGAACUUAUGCAAGUUUCAUUCAAAAAUCCGAAAAAAAAACAUUUUCCCAAAAAAAUGUGAAUCUAAAACGGGGGCAGAAUUCAUAGAAGUGGUACAGCAAAAAUAAACAAUUUUUGGUACGCCAAAUUUUUCAAGCCUCCUGAACAACCCUGUGCCAUCAGAUUUGCUUGGAAAAAUAUUUUUGAGCUAGUUUCCAGCUUCUAAAAUCCCGCCACGUCAUAACUCAUGUUAGAAGUUGAGUUCUGCAAUUUUAUCGGGAUAAGCGGGUCGAAAACUGUUAUUAAAAGUCUAUGGUGAAACAGGUUAAGCCUAAGCUUGAGCCUAAAAAGCCAAAGCCUAAGAAUAGCCUUAACAUCCUAUAGGAUCUUUAGACUUUUCUUUAUAAUAAAAAGUCUAAAGAAUAAGCCUGAAAAACCUGGGUCUAGUUACCUAAGUCUAAUUUUUUCCAGAAUUCCAUGCUACCGCCCUCUCAAAGAUGUCGAGAUCAAACCGAAAAAACGCCAACCGGCCCCUACAAAAGAGAUAAUUUAUUGAAAUUCCUCGAAGAAAAAGCGAAGACGGAAAAAGAUUGGGAAGAUGUUUGUCCCUACACACCUGGCCUCAAAAGAGGUGAGAUUUUCAUUCAUUUUUUUUCAAGUUAAAUUUCAAAUUCAAAUUUUAACAAAACAAAUUCAGGAAAAGUGUACGACAGUGAUAGUGGUCGAAACUCGGAAGAGCCCGAAAAUACAAUUGGUAAGAUGGAGAUGCCGAUUGAGAUCGAUUUGGACGAGGAUGAAGAUGAGCUCGAAUGUGCGCUUGUCUCGGCUCCCGAAAAGGAUCUGGUUGAUUUGGCCGGAAUUUUGGGAAUGCACAAUGUUUUGAAUCAACCGCAAUAUUAUAAUGCACUGAAAGGGAAAACGCAGGACGAAACAACGGGUACCACAUUUAAUGGAAUUGUACAGUCGUAUGUGCCUCGAAUUGUGCCAGAUGAGCCGGAUAAUGAUACGGAUGUUGAGGCGUGUAUUAAGUGAGUUGAGCCGAGAGAAUUUGAUUUUUUUUUUUGGAAAUUUUGUUGAAUUUUAUUAUCUGGGGAUAUUUUUAUCCUGAAAUUUUUAAUUCUAAACUUCAUCGGAGCCGCUUUGAGAGCUUCUAUGCCAAGGAGUCGAUCCUAGAAAUCUUAGUUGUCAAGGAGCCGCGCCUAGGGAGUUGAAUCGUCAAUGAUCAGCGCCUAGACAACCUAGUUAUCAAGUAGCCGCACCUUGAGAGCCUUUAUACCAAGAAGCCGAGCCUAGAAAUCCUGGUUGUCAAGUAGCCGCCUCUAUAGAGCUUCUAAGCCAAGUAGUCGAACCUAGAAAUCCUGGCUGUCAAGGAUCAGCAUCUAUAGAUCCUUGUUCUCUAGUAGCCACGCCUUUAAACCCUAUUUUCUAGGACCCACGCCUAGAGAUACACUUUGGCAAGGAGUCGCGCCUUGAGAGUCCAAAUCGUCAAGGAUCAGCGCCUAGAAAAUCCAGUUCUCUAGUAGCCGCACAUAGAAAUCUCGGUUUUCAAGGAGCAGCGCCUUGAAACCUAAUUGUCUAGGGCUCACGCCUAGAGAUUAAUUUUGGAAAGGAGCCGCGCCUAUAGAUUCUAGUUCUCUAGUAGCCGCUCAUUAUAAAUUCUAAGUUUUUCCAAAAUUUUCUAUAAAUCAUUUUAUUUUUUUCCAGUCGGCUACGAGAAGAUGAUUCAGAUUUGAAAGAAGUGAACAUCAACAAUAUGAAACGAUUAUCGAAGGAACGAAUUCGAACACUGAUCGAAGCCGCUUGUAAUAGUAAACACAUUGAAAAAUUAUCGUUGGCAAAUACAGCGAUUUCGGAUAGUGAAGCUAGAGUAAGCAAUUCCCCCUUUGUUUUGAAAAUCAGUGAUUUCUUCAGGGUCUCAUCGAAUUGAUUGAAACAUCUCCAUCACUUCGAGUUCUGAACGUUGAAUCGAAUUUCUUGACGCCUGAAUUGUUAGCAAAACUAUUGCGAUCAACGUUGACGACUCAAUCGAUUGUCGAUUUCAAGGCAGAUAAUCAGGUAUUUUUUUUCGGAAUUUUUAGUAACCUAAAAAUAUCACAAACAUACACAAAUUGUGUUCUUUUCAAUUUUGGCACAAUUUUGGUUGCAUGGUAAAUAUUUAUUUUACCCCAACACUUUUUUUUCUCGAAAUGUUCAUUUAGUUAGCUGAAAAGUAAACACUACUGUUUGUCCAGAAAUAAAAUGUUUUUUUUUCCAGCGACAAUCGGUGUUGGGAAAUCAAAUCGAGAUGGAUAUGAUGAUGGCGAUCGAGGAGAAUGAGGCACUUUUGCGAGUCGGAAUAUCGUUUCAAUCGAUGGAGGCAAGACAUCGAGUGUCGGAGGCGUUGGAGAGGAAUUAUGAGCGAGGUAAGGGGCCGCACCGGGAUGAGAAAAAGGGUCCCUAGUCCAUAGAUCUGCCCUAGAGCUAGUAUAAAUAAAGUUAUGACGUGGAAAAGUUGGAAUUUCACGUCAAAAAUGACACGUGGCAAUGAAAAAUUUGAAUUUUUCACGUUUUGCCGCCUUUGAAUUUAAAAAUUUUCUAAUUUUGGCACAAAAUUUGCGAAAAUUUCAAAGUUUUUGACGUCAAAUAUCCACGUGGCAAUGAAAAAUUUGAAUUUUUCAUGUUUUGGAGCUAAAUUUUCUUGAAAAUUUCAAAGGUUUUGACGUCAAAUAUCCACGUGGUUUGAAAAAUUUGAAAAUUUCAACGUUUGCCCCAAAUUUUUUCUUGAGAAACUGAAAUUUUUGGAUAUCCACGUGGAUUCAAAUUUUUUCGAUUUUCAAAAAAUAUCUGAUGAAAAAUUCCAGUUUCUGAAAAACCUAAAAUUUUUUAAUUAACCCCGCUUUUCUUUUUUUUUUUUCUUCAAAACUGCAAUUCUCUACCCAAAGAUCACACAUUUAUCUCUCUCAGUCUGUCAUUUAGCCUAACUCCCAAAAAGUGCUAAAUCAGUUCAACCGAAAAAAAACCCAAGCCAAACCAAAACAUUCCGUCUCGUCUCCAUCUCAUCUCAUUUCAUCGUCUCAAAUGACGCAAGGGUUAUUCCUCGGAAUCUUUUUUCUGUGUUUUUCUUUCUUUCUUUCUUUUUUCUGUGUGGGUUGGAGUUUGAACACAUGCCAACUGAUUUCGAAAAAAGAUGAAGGGAAAACGGUGUUAUUUUUAGGGAUUUCCAAGGUUUUUGAUCAGAUAGUAUGUAUUUACGUUUGGAAAAAUACCAAUAUGGCCUAGAAAACCGAAUUUUUUUGUUGGUUUUCUAGGUCAUAUUGAUUCUCUUCCAUGGCCACAACAAUUUCGGUCUCAAAAUAGUUUUUUUCUUGGUUUACCACUAGUGGCCUAGAAAACCAAGUCCCCUGCAAAUUUGGGUUUCUCUUCCACGGCUUUCAAAAUUUCCUAAUUUUAUAUUUUUCAGUUCGACUACGUCGCCUUGGCAAAGAUCCAAAUGCAUAA